AUGGGGAAACUGAACGUUCCUAUUCUCUCUGCAGUGUGCACAGCCGAUGGCCAGUUCAUUGUAGCAAUCACCAGGAACCUGACCCGUCCUACCCUCAACCUGUCCUCUCUGUCCGUGAAAGAUGGACAUGAAGCUGAGUGCAGGCCUAAGCUCAUCACAGCAGACCUUGUAGCCUUCCGCUUCCCAAUUACCUCUUGUGGCUCGACCCAGCGGGAGGAGAAUGGGAGCUUUGUGUAUGAAAUGGAUGUCUUGGGGAAGAGGAUGAUUCAGACAGGGCCACUGGGCUCAAUAACCCGGGACAGCACCUUCAGCUGCAACUUGGAUGCUGACCACCAUCCAAGUAAUGGUAUUGCAGUGGAUCAAUCACUCCUGUCAGUGACUACACCUUCCUGUUUCAGGUGUCCCUAUGAAGGUGAUGACUAUCUGACCCUCCUACACCCAGUAGGUGUCUCUUCUGGCCUGCAGUUCCCAACCCAUCACAAGCGGUUUGAAGUGAAGACAUUUGUUUUCUUGGAUGGAGUGUCUGAGCAGCCCCUCUCUGGACAGGUUUACUUGCACUGCAGUGCUGAGGUUUGUUCUCCCUCUGCUCAGGAUGACUGUACACCCAGAUGUGGUCCAAGGACACGCAGGAGUGCUCUCCUCCAUGAGGGGUCCUUGGUAAGUGCUCCUGGUCCAGUUGUUCUCCUGGAAGUUGAGAACAGCCAGUCGAAGCAGCUGCUUAAUGAGCAUGGUGCUGCCGGAUCUCCUGUUUUGAUUGGAGUAGCUGUUGGGUUUCUGGUGUUCCUGUUGAUGCUGAUGGCUGCAGUGUACAGAAUGAAGAACCCAGCCCAGUCUGUCCCCAGUGUCAUGAGAUUGAACUGUAGACCUUGAAUACAAAUAAACCAGUCAAACCUG